AUGGCCUUUACUAGCGGAGGAAUGAGGACCGUUUCUCUCUUGUACGUUCUACAUUUGUGUAGAAGUUGUCUUUGUCUGGCUGGACGUGAUGGAGGUGGUACCGCUGACUUUGGAUCUUCUCAAGUUGAUUUGAGCAGCCUCAGGAAUCCCCUGAAGUUAGACAUCUCCAAGGUCGAUAGUACAAAUACUACCAUCUUGGAGGAGGAAGAAAGGGGAAUGAAGUCUAGACGAUUUACUCCGCGCGCAGGGUUCUACUUCCAGAGCGUUGUCUACGGGCAAACUUCUCUAUGGCAAGCGGAGCACGGCGCAAAGUGCGUCUCCGUAGGCGAGUACUUGACUGACAAGGCGGCUGUCAUGCUCCUAAAGGUCCACGACUACGGCGAGGUGCUACUCCGUUGGUUUGUAAAGGAAGAGAAUAAGUGGAAGAGUGUCACAGCCAAGGAAGGCGCCGCCAAGCUCGAUGAGAUGAAGAGGUCGAGGGGAGUAGAAUCAUUCUCAUUGGACGUCUCCGAGGUGGAUGAGACAAAGGUGGUUUUUCGCAGGGAGGUAACCAAAGGAACACCAAGGGUAACAUUUGAGGAAUGCAAACCAAAGGAGGGCUAUCUCGUGUCCUCUGUAGUCGACUCUGGUAAGGAGCUACUAAAGCUAGAAGAUGGCAAAAAGUUUCUACUCUCAACCCUCUUGUUUGAUGAGAAAACUGCUCUUCUUGGUCUGGGAGUUGACGACGAUCCCAUCCCCAAGUUUACGUAUUUUGAAAAGGUAGACGGGGAAUGGAAUGUGAUUACUACUGAGGAUUACUACAAACACUCGGAAGCGCUGAAUCAGGCUCUAAAGGAGUUCCGAGCAGUAAAACAUCCUCAGCCACAAAAGGACCAUUGGGAGGGCCUUGCCCAAGCAGCUCCAUUAGAAGCUUCUGAAUCUACUGCAGAUACCGACGAGCCCGCAAGUUUAUUCACUCGAAAUAUUGCUUAUAUACCCGAGUAUACAACCCCUGCAAGUAAACUCGCUGCCAAAGUGAAUGGGUUCCUAUUCAACGUGGAGGAGGCUGAGGAAGAUGCUGUUAAGGUUCUCAAGUUGAGGGCUAAACCCGGUGCUACUACCACUGAGCUCAAGUAUGGCGAGGAUCUUGUAUGGUCCGGAGUGGGAACAAUCUUCAAUUCCUCAUGCCCUUCAGCUACCCUCUACUUUGAUGCUGAGGAACCCACCCUUGCCGUGGUAGAUUCCAAAGACAGGAACAACAAAGUCAAGACGGUCUAUAGACACAAGGAUGAAGACCAGUGGAAGAAUGGUCACGAGGUCAGUCACAAGAGGAAACUGGAGGAACUAAAAAGCAAGCACAAAGCUUGA